CUCAUGGAGUGUCCGGGGUGUCCUCAGGGCUGGACUCAUUUAUACCAGGCGGAAGAGCUCGUUAAUGUUUGGCGUAAAGUCCAACUUUCCAGAGUGUCCAGUUUGAUCAGAGCACUGGGGUUGUUCUUUCCAGGUUCUUCUUCUGUCUUUGUCAUCAUUUAUUUUCCUGAAGAUCUAACCCUCACACCUGAGUUGCCCGGAUCAGUUGUAUUGAAUUAAAGCUGGAAGGUAACAGCUUCACUGAUCACAGCUUUCCAGUAAGGGUUUUUUGUUUGUUUGUUUGUUGUUUUGUUUUUUUUGUUUUGUUUUUAAAAAAUACUCAUUAGCUAUCAUCAUGAAGAGAAAAGGUGAAGCUCAACUGAAUGGAGUUUCAGCUGCUGGAGAUUCUGAUGCUCCAUCCAGCUCCAGCUCUGUGUGUGGAGGAUGUGCGAGGAAACUGCGGAGCUGCAUCCCGGUCAACUACAAAGAGGAAAUCAUAGAGUUAUUGAAAUUAGCCGGACCUGUGUUUAUUUCCCAGUUGAUGAUCUUCUUGAUCAGCUUCGUCAGCACUGUGUUUUGUGGACACUUGGGGAAAACAGAGUUAGCCGGUGUUGCUCUGGCUAUAGCUGUUAUUAAUGUCACAGGCCUGUGCGUCGGUGCAGGUUUGGCGUCCGCAUGCGACACACUUAUCUCUCAGACGUUUGGCAGUAAUAACCUGAAGCGUGUUGGGGUGAUCCUACAAAGAGGGAUCCUCAUCCUCCUGCUGGCCUGUUUCCCCUGCUGGGCCGUCCUGAUCAACACAGAGACCAUCCUGCUGGCUGUAAGACAGAGCCCCGGGGUGGCCAGUCUCUCACAGCUGUAUGUAAAGAUAUACAUGCCCGGUCUGCCUGCUGCUUUUAUGUACCAGUUGCAGGCAAAAUAUUUGCAGAAUCAGGGCAUAAUAUGGCCUCAGGUGAUCACAGGGGCUGCUGGAAACAUCCUGAAUGCUUUGAUAAACUACAUCUUUCUUCAUUUGCUUCAUCUGGGUGUAGCCGGUUCUGCCAUGGCAAAUUCCAUUUCUCAGUUUGCCUUGGCUGUGUUUCUUUAUGUCUACAUUCACUUGAAAGGGCUGCACAAGGCAACGUGGGACGGCUGGUCUCGGGACUGCCUGCAGGAGUGGGGUCCCUACUUUCGCCUUGCUUUACCUAGCAUGCUAAUGCUGUGUGUAGAGUGGUGGUCUUAUGAGAUUGGAGGAUUCCUGGCAGGUCUGAUCAGCGAGGCUGAGUUAGGAGCGCAGUCUGUUGUGUAUGAGCUGGCCACUAUCGCAUACAUGUUUCCUCUUGGCUUUGGGGUGGCAGCCAGCGUGAGAGUUGGAAAUGCUCUUGGAGCAGGAAACACACAGCAGGCGAAACUCUCCAGCAAAAUGUCUCUGAUCUGUGGAAUCAUGGUCUCAUGUGUUGUUGCUGCUGCAAUAACUGGAACCAAGGAUAUUAUUGCGUACAUCUUUACCACUGACAUGGAAAUUGUGGAGAAAGUUUCAGGAAUCAUGGUGAUGUACGGAGCUUUUCAUCUGUUUGAUGCGACUGCAGGUAUUACAGGAGGUGUUGUCAGAGGUGCAGGAAAGCAGCUGGUUGGUGCUGUGUGUAUACUGGUGGGCUACUAUUGUGUGGGUUUCCCGAUCGGAGUGUCACUCAUGUUUGCUCUUAAAAUGGGAAUAGUUGGUCUGUGGACUGGGUUGUUUGUGUGUGUCUUCCUGCAGUCACUUUUCUUCCUAAUUCUAAUCUAUAAACUUGACUGGAAACGUGCCACUGAAGAGGCCCAGAAAAGAGCAGGUGUACAAAGAGCUGAAGCCAAAACGGAAUCCUACGCCUUAGAAAACAAGUGUGUCGAUGAAGACGUACGACAGGAAUCCCAGCCCAGGCAAGGAGAGCAGACUGAUGUGGAGGCUAAAGGAGAAACCGAUGAAGAAAGAGCUGAGGAGGACGGUGUGGCGGUCACAGUGGGUGAUGUUCUGACCACCAAACAGCUGGUUGUUCGUCGAGGACUGACUGUUUUCCUGAUGAUAAUCAUCCUCGCCGCUGGGAUUACACUGAAUGAGAUUCUCACAGGCCUCCUGAGAUGAGCAGGACGCGAUAAACCCACUGCUUAAACCUUAGUUCUCAGCAAAUAUUUGGGAAUCCAGGGAGGGCAGAAAUAUUAGCUUGUUUUAUGGCCUGAAGGUCAGACUCUCUCUAGGAAAAGGAAAAUAAAGAGCAAAGCAAUAAGCCAAACUAAGGGCUGAUGGCAAACUCUACCUUAGCCAAAUUAUACCAUGUUAACCGUUUAAUUCUCUUUUAUAUAUAUAUAUAUAUAUAUAUAUAUAUAUAUAUAUAUAUAUAUAUAUAUAUAUAUAUAUAUAAAAAUUAACUUUUAGGAUAAACCAAAGAAUUUGGUUGCUCACCCAUUCUCACCUGAGGGUUGUUGCAGUAUAAUGGAAAUAUUCCCCAUCAUUUUUCUCCAUCAUUUUAAAUGAAGCAGUUAUAUUAUUCAGAAGUGUAGUCUGACUGAUUUAUCUGAUCUAACCAGAGUCAGACUCAAGACCAGACGCUCUGUGGGACUGUUGAUGCACAGAUCCUGCAUAAAGCAACAUAAUGGGUCUGAUUUUAAGUAAAGAUGGAUGAGUAUCCUAUUUCCUCUGGACUGAAGCCUUUAUAUCACUUCCACUGUCCAUUAUCAAUAUUUAAACUCCAGUACUGAGAUUAGACACACGGGAUAUAUGAGUGUCAGACCUGCCAGUGAGGCACUAAUCCCUCAGAGACAGGCUUUUAGCUAAAAUAUAUUUAAAUGUACUCUCUCUCUCUCUCACACACACACACACACACACUCUCUCUCUCUCUCUCUCUCACACACACACACACACACACACUGUCUCUCUCUCACACACACACACACACACACACACUCUGUGUCUCCCUCUCUUUCACACACACUCACUCACUCACAUACACACACACACAUAUUUAAAUGCUCUCUCUCUCUCUCUCUCUCUCUCUCUC